AUGUUCAGAUGUGCUGCUGGAGGGCGUAAAGCUGCCUCGUCCUACUCCAGGACUGACUUUGGGGCUCAUUCUUGCUCUGAGACCGUCGAUUGGUUGAGGUCCGCCACGCUGUUUUCCUCGUGGUCUCUGACUCUCCUGCUAGCUCUGGUAGCUCUUGCCUUCACCCUUCCUGGAGCAGCCUGCCAUCAACUCAGAAGAGACGGACUAAGGCUCACCGUACCUCGAAGCCAAAGGGCUCCUCUGAACAUUUCGGAAAGCGUAAGUGUCUACAAGCCCAGGGCCACCACGGCCCCCACAGGUCGGACUGGGGGACCGCAGGGUAGGCAUGUACGCAGUUACAACCAUCUUCAAGGAGACAUACGGAAGAGGAAGCUGUUCUCUUUCCAGAAGUUUUUCCUGAGAAUCGACAAGAAUGGGCGGGUCAAUGGAACCAAAAGCAAGGAUGACCCUCUUAGUAUUCUGGAAAUUACAUCGGUGGAUGUGGGGGUGGUGGCUAUCAAAGGACUGAACAGCAACUACUAUCUGGCAAUCAGCAGAAAGGGAGAACUGUACGGAGCAAGGGAGUUUGGCAUUGAUUGCACCCUGAAGGAGCGCAUCGAGGAGAACGGCUACAACACGUACGCUUCAGCCGAAUGGAAGAACAAGAAACGUCAGAUGUUUGUGGGUUUGAACAUCCACGGGAGGCCCGUGCGAGGGAGGAGAACGCGUCGGAAAAACACGACCACCCACUUCCUUCCAAUCAUGGCGUGA